AUGAGCAGUUAUAGUGGAAAUACAUAAAAUAACAGUUCUUCUCUAACUAGCAAUUCUUAAAAUAGCAAUAAUAAAGUAAAUAAGAGUUCUCAAUCGGCUUUUGAAAAAAUGAAGUAAUAGCUGGAACUUCGUAAAUAAUUUCUUUCCAAAAUGGAAGUUAAAGAUGAAAAAGAAAUCUUAGCAGGAAACAAUAUAUAAGAAAAAGCUAAAAUACAACAGAGUGUAGCAUCAACUUUAAUUAAAAAAUAGCUUUAAAUACGAAAUCAACAUCAAAAUUUAAACUAUAUUGAGAGCAAAGAAAAUUUCAAUAAAGAUUAAAACAAUCAAGAGAAUGAUGACGAAGAUGAUGAUGUGCAAUAUGAUCCAUAUUAUAGUGUAUAUACAUUAUAAUAAGAAUAUCUUUUGCCAGCUGUCACUUCAGGUGAAAGUUCACCUGCAGUGAGUGAUGAUGACAGUUCUUUAAAAGGAGAAAGCGUUUCGAAAGGUACAAAAUAAUUCAAUUAAAAAAUACCUUAAAGCACUAGCCUCGAAGACGUCCUUAUGUAUUUAAUUGAUUCUGAUUUAUUGUAAAUCGAUAAGGAGCCUUAAGCUCAAAGAGCAACAAAAAAUGAUCGUUCUUCUAUUUGGCAAAAUUGUUAUGAGCUACUUUUUUGUAAUAUCAAUGUUACGAUGUCUCUGGCUACUUUGAAGAAAGAAAUGAAGGAAAGAUUCAGGACAUUCAUUCAUGUCAAUUUUAAAGAUUUUAGAACAUUGUACUAUUAAGGAAAAUAUUCGUUGCUUGUAACAUUUGGAGAAAAAAAUAAUGCCCAAUUUGUUUAUUUUAACUACACAAAAAAUUAAAUGCAGUAUCGUUCUAUCCUUGGUGAGCAAAUUGAAGUUUAUAAAGUAAAUGCAAAUUAUAUUGAUUUUUACUUAACUUCUAAUACCCUGCCUUCAAGCGUUCGCUCUAGAAGCUCUAAUUCAAGUUCAUCUUCUUCUUCACAUACUAAUAAGUAAGGAUGGUGGAUUCCUGUUGUACUUCGUAACAUACCGAUUCAUAAUGGAAAACCACAAAUUAGUAACCUAUUAUAAAGCAUGAAUAUCAUGCAAAACGUCUUAUCAAUAGAGGAACCAAUCAUUCUAAAUGAAAAGAAGCAUACACUAAUAGUUUUUUCUGAUCUAGAUUCUGCUAUUUAUGCAAUAUAACAAAUUCCAAUCAAACUCAAAGACUUUCCUUACAUUAAAGCUAAUCUCCAUCCAUACUAUACAAAAUAAUCUUGGAAGAAAAAAAACAUUCAUGAAAAUAAAUAUUUUAUUUUUUAUAAAUCGAGCGACAAGCAAGUUUACUAAAGUAACCCUAUAUAAAAUACAACACCUGGAUCUUCUACACAUUAUGAAACUGUCUAGACUUACAUAAAUUCUUCAAAGACUUGCUAGUUCCUAUAAUUUAAGAAAUCAUUCUUAGAAGAUGUGAUUCAAAUGAAUAAGAUAUUUAAGAAUAAAAAGAAUAGCGACAAAGAUGAUGAUUAUAAAAAAUUAAGCUAAAGAAGCACUACACCCAUAUAUCAUCAUGAAAAAAAUAACGAUAAUGAGAAUCACGAGAUGUUUAUCUCAUAAAAAUCUUCAAUGAGAAAUGAAAAUGAAUCACCUUCAGAUAAAGAAGAAAAUGCUUAUCUAGAUAACCCUCCAUUAACUGAUUCCUUUUUAAGGCAAAUGCGUGAAGAAAAAUAUUCUUAACAUAAGAGUAAAACUUACAGUUCUCAAGAUUUGGCUUCUAGUUAAACAAACAAAGAUUAAUCAGAAAAAAGCCCCAAGACCAUUAAGGAAGAUAAGAGAGAUACUAAAACAAAAAAUCAUUACGAAUAGAAUCGACACUCAACUUCUAAAGAUAAAAGUCAAAAAUAGUAAAAGAAAUAUGACUCGCCUUAUAGAAAUGAUUCUGAGUAAAACUAUUACAAUCGAACAAAUGAAAAAACAUAUAAAUCGUAUAAUCGUUAGAAAUAUUAAGAAUCUCCUUACAACAAAAAUAAAAAAGAUUAUAGAUCUCCUUCCAGGUCUUACAGAGAUGAAGGUGAUAAAUAUGCAAAUAGGACUCCAGAAAAAAGCUUCAAGUCGUUUAGUAGGACAAGAAGAUAAAAUGAUUCAAAUUCAAACAGUAGAAGCCAUAGCAAAAAAAGAAAGAACUAUAGAUACGAAAAAGAAGAAUACAAUAAAAAUUAAAGAAGAAGAACACCAAGCGUUUCUCAAUCAGAUGAUGAGCGCUACAAUUAUAAAAAAAAAUAAAAUAAAUCUUCUAACAAUCAAAAAUCAAGUUCUUCAAAUAGUGAAGAUAAAUUUUAAAAAUAUUAGCAAGAAAACGAUGAUGAAUAAAGAUAGUCUGAUAAUUAAAUCUAGAUAACUAAUCAUGAAGAAGAAUUAAGAAAAUACUUUGAGAAUUAAGAGAGAAUGUAAAAACAAAAAGAAGAUUAUAAUAAAGAGUAAUCUCCAUAAAGUUCUGGCAUGAGAACUCCUAAAAGCGCUGAUUGGGGUUUAAGCAAUCAUGAUAGCAAUUCUUAAGUAUCAGAGAAUAAUUAAGUGAAUGAUGACGAAUUGUUAUGCAUAAACAUUGAAGAAUAGAUAAACAAGCAAUUUUAAUUAGCUUUAAAAGAAUAACAACAAGAUUAAAAUCGUGGUAAUACAAACUUACUUCAAAUUGAGAAGUCAUCUAAUUCAAAAAAGAAAUCUGUUAGUAAGGAAGAUACUAUUGAAUAAAAUUCAUCAAAUAAAAAUGAUUCUAAUUUAAUGGAAGAUUUGUAAAAGGCAAUAAAAAUUCAAUAAGAAUAAAAUAAUAACAUCAUAUUGUAAGAAAAAAAUGAUUCUAAUAUCUAACAAGCAUUACCAAAAGAUGAUAAUAAAAAGGUUUAAUUUUCAACGAAUUAAAGAAAUGAUCCCAUAAUUUCAUAAGCAGCUGAAGAAGAUUUAAAGGAUAUAAGUAGACAAUUUAAAGAUGAAUAAAAUAAUAUAAAAACCUAGCAGUAACAACAAUAAUAAUUAUAGGAAGGAAAAAUAAAAGAUGAUAAAUAAUUAGAAAUUGAAACAGAAAAUAAUUAGAAUUAGUCUAGUAAAAAUGAGUAAGGGUAAAUUGAAACAUAAGAAACUAUCAAGCCUAUGCAAAAAAAUAGAUCGAUAAUAAAAGAAAUUGAAUAAUUUGAUGAUGAUGAUGAAGAUGAUGACGAUAAUAGCAGUAUAGAUUCAAAUAAGAGCAGCUUUCCAUCUUCAAGUGGAAGCAGAUCUUCAGAAGAAUAAGAUAGGUAAAGUGUUACGGAUGAUAGAAAAAGGAAUAGAACUAAUUCUAACAAGAGAGGUAUUAGAGAAUACCGCAAAAAUAAAUAUAAAAACAACUACAAUAAUUAUAAUACUUAUUACCAUCACAAUAAUUAUAAUCACAGAAAUUAUAACUAAUACUAAAACUAAGGAAAUAAUAAUUACCAAAACUAUAAAACUAAUUAUAUGAAAUCAAAUAAUCAAUAAGGUAAUAGAAAUCGCUCAAGAAGCAACUCUAGUUAAAGGUAUACAAAUAAAAGACCUUAUAAUGAUAAAAACAAUAACUCUAAUAUGAAUAAUAAUAAUAAUAACAAUAAUAAUUAAUUUAAUAGAUAUAAUUAGAAUCGUAACUUUAAUUUUAACAAAGGUCACUAUCAUGGUGGAUAUAAUAACAAUUAAUACAAUAAUUCAUAUGGAAAUUAAAAUUAUCACAACCGUCGUAGAUCAUCUUCUGUUAUCUCGAAGAGAUCUUAUUCUUCAGACAAAGAUUCUUAAUCUCAACAUAGAAAUAAAAGCUAAAAUAGAUCUUCUUCAAAUUCUAUGCCAAAAAAGCUAGUACAAUAAAAAUCUAGUUCAAAAACUCGCUAAAGAUAACACUCACAUAGCCCUCCUUCCUAAUCACCCUAUCAAAAAGAAAAGAUAGAUUCUAAUACUAAAACAAUAACUGAAACAACUACUUCAGGAUUAACUAUCAUUAGAAAAAAUAAAGCAUCAGAAAUAUAACAAAAUUAACAAUAUAAUUAAUCGAAUUCGAGAUCAAACUCAAGGAAAAAAAGCAAGAGCAACUCAUAAUUCAAUAAAUGUUAUAAAAAGAAUAAAAAACCAUCUCAUUCUCCAUCUAUAUAGAAAAAGGAAAGCCAUAACGAUAAUAAAUCACCAAGUUCAGAAGAAGGAGAGUAUGAUGAAAAAAACUAAUAAAAUUAUCAUCACAAUCAAUAUAGAUAAAGAGGUGGCUACCAAAAAAAUUAUAAAAGCGGAAAUAAUAACAAUAAUAAUUAUAGGAGAGAAAACUAUAAUUAUAAAAAGAAUAAAUAUAAUCAAUAUAAUUCUAAUAUGUAUGAUAGAAGAGUAUAGUCUAGAGAUUCUUCUCCAGAUUAAAAUGAUAGAAAUAAAGAAAGAAGAUCAAUCUCCCAGUCUCCUCGUUCACGCCCAUAAAAAUACAAUAAAAGAGAUAAUGAAGUCUAUAAGAAAAACCAAAGAAACGAAAAAUCUCCUUCAUCUCCAUUCUCACCACAUAAUUAACAUAAUUACAAUGGUAAUGACUAUAAUAAUAGGUUAAAAUAUAAUAAUUAUUAAAGAAGCAACUAUAAAAACUACAAUAAUUACAAUGAUGAUAGGCAAAACAAGUAUCAUAAUAAGUAUAACAACAAUAAUAAUAAUAAUAGUGUUUUUAAUAAAUCUUCUAAGUCAAAGUCUCGUUCUAGAUCCUCAUAUAAAACAAACAACCUGCAAAAAACUUCAUCUGGUAAAUAUAAUUGA